AUGGAAUUUGCUGAAGAGUUGGAAGCAAACAUUUAUGAGCCAUGGCGAUUUCAAUAUGUAUCUUUUACAGCUAUCCGCAAUGACAUGUUGAGUCGUCAGGAACACCAUGGAUGGUCGAAUAACGACGAAGCCGACUUUGAACGCACAUUACGAUUGGAAGCUGAUAAGGUGGAUCAAUUCAUCACUCGUAAGCAAAGAGAGAUCGAUUCACGAGUUGCCUAUUGCGAACGUACCCUUGUACAACAACGACAGCAUUUGACGGCAGCCUCGGCACGCCAAGUCUAUGACACGAUGGACGAUGCGCUGACGGACAUUCUGAUUGACCUGAAUGACUUGUCCAAGUAUACCCGUUACAACUUUCUUGCAUUGGAGAAGCUGAUUGAGGAGCAUGACAAAUACACGCAUACGAAUGGCAAACAGCUCCUGGUUGACAUUUCCAGAUCCAAGGCACCCCUCGAUCGACAACGAUUUGAUACAACGCUCGUCAAGAUAUCAACUUUGCACGACAUUUGCCGCUUGAAUGGUGAAGCACGCACUGGCAAUGCAGCUGCAGGCGCUGAUCAAAAUGCCUUUGAACGAGCCACAGCCAAGUAUUGGGUGCAUCCGGAUAAUGUUACGGAGCUCAAAGCAAUCCUGCUUUUUCAUUUGCCAGUGCUCAUCUUCAACAAGGAUAAGCCCAUUGAGCCUAGUGACAGUGCCAUUUCAUCUGUUUAUUUCGAUAACGGUGAUUAUGAACUUUAUACGGGUCGUCUCCAACGUGAUGAAGGUGCCGAAGCGAUUCGAUUCCGAUGGUAUGGUCCCAUGGAAACGCCACACAUUUUCAUUGAACGAAAGACGCACCAUGCUCCUUGGCUUGAUGGUGCAUCCGUAAAAGAUCGUUUUCGAUUGCAUGCCAACCAAGUCGAUGAUUUUAUCCAUCAACGUUACACCGCAGAUCAAUACGCUCGGGAUAUUGCCGGCUCCAUGUCGGAUGAUCUUGUACGCCAAAAUCAUUUUAUCGCUUCGGGUGUACAGACUUCGAUCCGUGAUAAAAAGCUUGACCCGGUGAUGCGAGUCUUUUACAACCGCACAGCAUUCCAAAUCCCUGGUGAUCAACGAUUGCGUAUCUCACUCGACACAGACUUGACUUUUGUUCGUGAAGAUGGCAAGCGUCGUCAAGGUGGUUGGCGUCGUCCUGAUAUGGGAAUCGAUCAUCCAUUCUCUUAUCUACCACCCGAAGAUGUAUACCAUUUCCCUUAUGCCGUGCUUGAAACCAAGUUACAAACACACCUUGGUCAGGAGCCUCCUGAAUGGCUUACUCGUUUGCUUGACUCGCGUUUGGUGUAUGAAGUCCCUCGUUUUUCAAAGUAUUUGCAUGGUGCAGCUCACUUUUGGAAACCAAAGUUGCCAUUGUUGCCAUGGUGGCUCACUGAAAUGGAUUUGGAUAUCCGUAAUGCCAAACAACCUACCGGCAACUUUUCUGGUUUGUCACGAUCCAAGAGUCUCAAACCUCUUAUUGAUGGCCGUUAUCGCAUGGGUUAUCUCAACACGCAAUUGGAAAAGCGCGCCACUCUCAAACGCAAACCAAGCGAGAAGCAACCACAAGCAACGCCUCGUCCAACCUAUGCUGCUGGUGGUAUGGUCAAUGGCAAUGGCAAAGAUCAUCAAGCAUUGGAUGUCAGCAGUAAUCCAUUUGAGGACCCUAUUUGGAGUCGUAGUGAGCCACUUGAUUUCGAGCAUGAUUCACAAGUAUCUCGGUCUUACAACAAUGGCAGUCAAGUGGGUGGAAUGCGUAAUCGCAACUCGCCUUUUAUGGCCAGCAGUACCAAUGGCAUGGUUGACAGCUCUUCAACUGAUUAUUUGGUGGAACGGCCCAUCAUCAAUGAAAAGAAACAACAACAAUCAUCAGCCAUGUUAUCACCACCACCACAACCACUACCCACAACAACAACAACUCAACCUACUCAGGGACGUGAUUCGGUCUUGUUGAUUGAUGACGACAAUAAUAAUGGCAAAGGCAACAAGAAAAAGAAGGAAAUCAAGCAAAUUGAACCCAAGAUUUAUUUCGCCAACGAACGCACCUUUAUCAAUUGGCUUCAAUUUGCAGCUUUGAUUCUUAUGGCGGCCUUGACAUUGAUCAACUUUGGUGACAAGACGAGUAAGAUUGCUGGUGCAGUGUUCUUUGGCGUAUCGAUGAUCUUGUCAUUGUAUGCAUUUGGACGAUACCGUUAUCGUGCAUGGCAAAUUACCAAUCGUCCUCGGAUACGGUACGACGACUUGUAUGGCCCAAUUGGCUUGUGCAUUCUUCUUGUUGGAGCCUUGAUUCUCAACUUUGUUUUGCGUAUGAUGCAACCUGUGGAUCCCAACGCUACCUACCUCAACAUCAACAACAGCACCGGUCGACAACAAUAA